AUGGAGAUGAAAACCAAUCGAGUCGCUUUUGAAGAAUUUGAUGGAGACGUAGAGAAGCUGAUGGGAUACAAAAAGAUCACAGGACACCUAGUAUUUGAUGUGAAACUAGGAGAAAUCUUCCGAAGGAAAGCGAGGUACUGCGCUGAUGGACACAAGACUGAAGCAACCGCAGCAUUGACCUACAGUACGGUAGUGUCCUGUGAUUCAGUUCGGAUACUACUAAUGAUAGCGGCGCUAAACGGAUUAGACUUGCAAUGCACGGAUAUUCAAAACGCAUUCCUCAAUGCACCAGCGAUCAAAAAGUACUACCUGGUAGCAGGACCCGAGUUCGGUGAAGAAGAAGACAAAGUAUUUAUUGUAAGAAGAGCAUUAUAUGGCUUAAAAAGUUCAUCCGUAGCAUUCAGAUCACAUCUGGCGGAGACUUUGGAAGAUUUGGGCUUCAGCUCGUCAACUGCCGACCCAGACGUUUGGAUGCGAGCGGCAGUGAAACCUGACGGCAAGGAAUACUACAAAUACAUCCGUUGCUACGUUGACGACAUCCUCUGUAUGUUGAUGAAAGCCAAAGAAGUGAUGGAAGGAAUUGGAAGGGUGUUCAAGUUCAAGAAAGGGAAGAUUGAACCUCCAGAAAGCUACUUGGGAGCUAGGUUACAAAAGAAGACUUUGGAUGGACAUGACAUGUGGACGAUGUCAAGUUAUGACUACGUCGUGGCAGCUGUCAAAAAGGUCAAGGAAACAUUAAAGGACAGCCCAAAAUGGAAAAUGCCCAAGAAUGCACCAACGCCGAUGACUAGUGCCUAUGAACCGGAGAUGGAUGGAUCAAGCGAAUUAGGACGAGAAGACCAUACCUACUUCCAAGAGUUGAUUGGGAUAUUACGAUGGGCGACAGAGAUUGGACGAGUCGAUAUCUUACUGGAAGUAUCACUCCUGAGCCAGUAUCAAGCAGCUCCAAGGGAACGACACAUGGAACAAGCAUUGAGGAUAUUUGCUUUCUUGGACACCUUCCCAAAAUUGACUCUUUACUAUGAUUGGAGGACGCCAAACGUAGACUAUUCCAAGUUGAGAUCCUCCAGGGAGGAUUUCGAGGCAUACUACCGAGACGCAACGGAAGAGAUGCCACACAACACAUCCAAACCAAGGGGGCGCAGUGUAGGAAGUACUGCAUGGGUAGAUGCUUCACAUGGUGCCAAUAAGAAAACGCGGAAAUCACAUACAGGGUACAUAAUUUUCCUCAAUCGAGCACCUAUCUUAUGGCACAGCAAGCGACAGAAUACAGUAGAAGCGAGUACUUUUGGUUCCAAAUUCAUUGCUUUGAAGUCAUGCAUUGAAGCCAUCACGCAUUUGAGAUUCAAAUUGAGGAUGUUCGGAAUACCUUUGGAAGAAGGACCAUCGCACGUAUUCUGCGACAACGAGAGCGUGGUGACGAAUUCAACAAUGGUCGAAUCCACUUUGAACAAGAAGCAUAAUUCGAUUGCUUAUCAUUACACCAGGUGGAACGUGGCUGCAGGAGUCAUCAACAUAUUGUGGAUUGCAGGAAUGUUGAACCUUGCUGAUGCCUUCACGAAACAAUUGACACUAGAAAGGAGAGGGCGACUAUUUGGGGAAUGGAUGUACUAG